AUGCAGCUCGGCUUUGCCCUUCUCGAGGCCGGAACCGUCUCCAUCAAGUCGACCAUGGCCACGCUCUUCAAAAACAUAUUCGACCUCUUCAUUGGCACCAUCUCCUUCCUGGUUGUGGGAUACGCGUUUGCUUAUGGCGAUGUGGGGGCUCGCUUCAUUGGCGGUCGAGGUUUCUUCCUCAACGGAGUCUCCCAGUGUGACUACCCUUACUUUUUCUUCCAGGCCGCCUUUGCUGCUGCCUGCACCACCAUUGUGUCCGGCGCAGUGGCUGGGCGUGCUUCCUCCGCCAUGUACAUUGUCUACUCUGUCGUGAUCACUGGCCUUGUCUAUCCCGUGGUAGUUCACUGGGUCUGGGCUGACAAUGCCUGGCUCUCACAGGGCACCCACGGCCGCGGCUUUCACGACUUUGCCGGAAGCGGCGUUGUGCACGUCACCGGGGGUACCAUUGCCCUGGUGGGCGCCUGGCUGCUCAAGCCUCGUCUGAGUCGGCUCGACGUCGACGGUGAUUUUCGUCCGGUCCAACCACAUUCCGUACCCCUCAUCAUCAUGGGCGGCUUCAUCCUGGUUGUUGGCUUUCUGGCCUUUAACGCCGGCUCCCUCAUCACGCUCCAAUCUGCUGAUGCGGUGUCACGCCUCGGCAUGAUUGCCGUCAACACCAUCGUUGCUGCCUCGGCAGGUGGUUUGAGUGCGACUGCGGCUGAUUUUGUCGCACAUGGCGAGAUGUCCCUUCUCAUGGCCACCAAUGGCAUGCUGGCCGGUUGUGUUGCCAUCUGUGCUGGGGCCGACGUGGUUAUGCCCUGGGCUUCACUCCUCAUUGGAGGUAUCGCCGGCGUGGUGUGCUUGGCCUGGUGUUACAUCCUACCCAAGCUUGGCAUUGACGAUGCGGUUUCUGCCGCACCCGUGCACGCCGGCGCUGGCAUAUGGGGCCUGAUUGCUGUGGCCUUUUUCAGCCGCGAAACGGGCUUGUUUUACAUUGAUAUCAAGGACAGCUUGGAGAGUUUUGGCUGGCAGAUCUUGGGCACCAUUGUCAUUGUCGUGUGGGCAACCGUUAUGGCGUUGGUCAUGUUCAUUCCUCUCCGCAUGCUCGGCGUGCUACGCGUUACUCGUGAGUAUGAGGAACGCGGCUUGGACAUUUCUUACUACGGUGGCCGUGCUUACAAUGUUGAGGCUGAAACGAGUGUCCCCCUCAAGGGCACAACCAUCAAGCAGGCGCUUCAGGAAGACUUUUUCAACUCGGAGGCAUAG